ACAACAAAUACUUUUCUCUCUACAAAAAAGAAUACUUCAAUUCAAUACAAAUACAAAAUAUUUUUCUAUAGUUUUGAUUGACUCCCUUUUAUUUAGUCUUGUUCAGACCACCAAUAUUUUUUAUUUUUCACUUCACAAACUUAGCUGAAUAAACCCCACCAAUAUAUCUCUUUUUUCUUGCCGAUUCUUUGCUUUAAAGUAUUUUCCAGAAUAUUUUGCGGGGCAUCAGAAAGAUAACUAUGGGCUGCUUUGGUUGUUGUGACGAUGAUGACAUGCAAAAAACUGCUGAUCACGGUCCAUUCAUGGCCAACAAUGCAGCAGGCUACAAUGCAGGGCAGCGUGCUACAGAAAGCGCGCAAAAGGAGAUGCAGACUGUUACCAUUCAGCCCAUUGCUGUUCCUUCUAUAGCUGUUGAUGAGUUAAAAGACAUCACAGACAAUUUUGGUACGAAAGCCUUGAUAGGCGAGGGAUCAUAUGGAAGGGUUUACCAUGGUGUCUUGAAAAGUGGGCGGGCUGCAGCCAUUAAAAAGUUAGACUCGAGUAAGCAGCCUGAUCGAGAAUUUUUAGCGCAGGUUUCCAUGGUAUCAAGAUUAAAACAUGAAAAUGUGGUUGAGUUACUCGGUUAUUGUGUGGACGGUGGUCUUCGUGUCCUGGCUUAUGAGUAUGCCCCAAAUGGAUCUCUCCAUGACAUUCUUCACGGAAGAAAAGGCGUGAAAGGUGCACAGCCAGGUCCAGUUUUAUCAUGGGCCCAACGGGUUAAAAUUGCUGUUGGAGCUGCAAAAGGGCUAGAAUACUUGCAUGAAAAAGCACAGCCACAUAUCAUCCAUCGUGAUAUUAAAUCCAGCAAUGUUUUACUCUUUGAUGAUGAUGUUGCUAAGAUUGCGGAUUUUGAUUUAUCGAAUCAAGCACCUGAUAUGGCAGCACGUCUUCACUCUACACGUGUUCUUGGAACCUUCGGUUAUCAUGCUCCCGAAUAUGCAAUGACUGGUCAGCUGAGUUCAAAGAGUGAUGUUUACAGCUUUGGUGUUGUACUCCUUGAACUACUCACUGGCCGUAAACCUGUUGAUCAUACAUUACCACGUGGCCAACAGAGUCUUGUGACAUGGGCAACACCAAGACUUAGUGAAGAUAAAGUGAAGCAAUGUGUUGACGCUAGACUCGGUACUGAUUACCCUCCUAAGGCCGUUGCAAAGAUGGCUGCAGUUGCUGCUUUGUGUGUGCAAUACGAAGCUGAUUUUCGACCAAAUAUGAGCAUUGUGGUAAAAGCUCUUCAACCCCUUCUGCACGCUCGACCUGCACCGAGUGAAACGUCAACCUUGUGAUCCUCUCCUUUGCCGCAGCAUCUACUACAUGGAACGAUAGCGAUUCGUUUUGUUGAGUUGAAAAAUGAUAUUAUACUAGUAGUAGUUAUCUGGGAAAAUAGUGUGACAUACUGUGUUUUCCCCUUCUUUUUUCUGGUCAAUUGAAUGUGAAUAAAUUUAUACAUGCCCUAAUGCAAGUAGCUUUGCCUAUUCUUUUUAA